UCCUUUGGGCGCAACCCCAACCCCAACCCCAACCCAAAAACACCAACACCACCUCCUCGUCCCACUGCAGCAAAGCAAAGCAAGGCCCGCGUGAACAAAGAGCCGGAGAUGAUGUGACACAACCCGAGGCCGAGAAGAACCACAUCGGACAACGCCCUCCCCCUCGCUGCCCUGCCCUCCUCCUUCUCCUUCUCCUUCUUUCCCCUUCUCCCAAUUCCAAAACCCCCCCAUUAUGGGCCAACCCUCCGGCACUCCGCCUCUUCCCGUCCCUCCGCCACCGCCUCCCCCUGGAAGUUGCCAGGUCCGAUGCGCGAGGUGCCACUCUAUCCUCACUGUGGCACCGGGGAUGGUGGAGUUUAGUUGCCCCAAGUGCCAGCUCGCCCAGAUGCUCCCGCCGGAGCUUAUGAUGACUGGCGGACCCCCACGUCGCCCCCCGCCUCAAGCCCAGGGCAUCGAUCCUUCCAAGAUCCAACUCCCUUGCGCCCGAUGCAAGGCCAUCCUCAACGUCCCUCAUGGCCUUAAUCGCUUCAAUUGCCCCCAGUGCGGUGUUGACCUCGCUGUCGACCUUUCCAAAGUCCAACACUACUUGGCCUCUUCUACCUCCUCCUCCGCCCUCCCUGGCCUCCUUUCCGAGCCCCUUGAGGAAAUCAACGAGGUUGCCAUUGAUGUGGAGAGAGAAGAAGAUGAAGGUGGUACUGCUGGAGAAACCUUUAUGGAUUAUCGACCACUGAAGAUAUCUCUUGGUUAUCCUCAUCCAGACCCAGUUGUGGAAACAUCAUCCUUGUCUGCUGUGCAGCCUCCGGAACCAACAUAUGAUCUGAAAAUUAAGGACGAAUUGGAGAAGUCCAGGGCACUUUCAUGUUUGCAGAUUGAAACAAUAGUUUAUGCCUGCCAGAGGCAUCUUCACAAACUCCAAAGUGGUGCAAGAGCAGGUUUCUUUAUUGGUGACGGAGCUGGUGUGGGCAAGGGUCGGACUAUUGCUGGACUGAUAUGGGAAAAUUGGCAACAUGGGAGGCAUAAAGCAUUGUGGAUUUCUGUUGGUUCGGACUUGAAGUUUGAUGCACGCAGGGAUCUAGAUGAUGUGGGUGCUAUGCCUGUGGAAGUGCAUGCUUUGAAUAAACUCCCUUACUCUAAGCUUGAUUCCAAAGCUGUUGGUAUCAAAGAUGGGGUCCUUUUUCUAACAUACAGUAGCCUGAUAGCAUCGUCCGAGAAGGGACGCUCUCGUUUGCAGCAAUUAUUGCAAUGGUGUGGUUCAAAUUUUGAUGGUCUUGUGGUGUUUGAUGAGUGUCACAAGGCCAAAAAUUUGAUUCCUGAAGCAGGAAGUCAAGCUACUCGUACUGGUGAAGCAGUCCUUGAGCUCCAGGCUCGAUUACCUGAAGCCCGAGUUGUUUAUUGCUCUGCAACUGGUGCAUCUGAGUCACGUAACAUGGGUUACAUGGUUCGCCUUGGCCUCUGGGGUGCUGGAACGUGUUUCCCUCGAUUCCAUGACUUCUUAGAGGCUCUUGACAAAGGUGGUGUUGGCGCGCUGGAACUUGUUGCAAUGGACAUGAAGGCAAGGGGGAUGUAUGUUUGUCGUACUUUAAGCUUUAAAGGUGUAGAAUUUGAAGUGAUCGAAGCACCGUUGGAAGAGAAAAUGAAGGAAAUGUAUAAGAAGGCAGCAGAAUUUUGGGCCGAAUUACGUGUUGAACUAUUGUCUGCGAGCACAUUUCUUUCAGAGGAGAAGCCCAAUCCUAAUCAGGUGUGGCGGUUAUACUGGUCCAGCCACCAGCGCUUCUUUCGGCACAUGUGUAUGUCAGCUAAGGUGCCCGCUGCUGUUAGACUAGCUAAGCAGGCAUUAGCUGAUGGUAAGUGUGUUGUGAUUGGCCUUCAGAGUACAGGAGAGGCUCGAACAGAGGAAGCUGUGACAAAAUAUGGCCUUGAGCUAGAUGACUUUGUUUCUGGUCCACGAGAGCUGUUGCUUAAACUUGUGGAGGAAAACUACCCUUUGCCUCCAAAACCUGACCCAGUAUCAGGUGAAGAAAGUGUUAAAGAACUUCAGCGGAAGAGGCAUACAGCAAACCCAGAUGUAUCGUUUAAAGGAAGAGUGCGAAAGAUUGCGAAAUGGAAUGUUACAAGUGACAGCGAAAAUGAUCUGGAGUCUCUAACUGAGUCUGAUCAUGAUUCAUCUGAAUCUGAUUAUGAUUUUCAAAUCUGUGACAUUUGCAAUGGUGAAGAGGAGAAGAAGAAGCUACUUCGCUGCACAUGUUGUGGACAGUUGGCCCAUCCCUCUUGUAUAGACCCUCCAUUAACAGAUGGAGUACCUGCUGAUUGGUUAUGUUACUCAUGUAAAGAAAAGACAGAAGACUACCUGCAGGCAAGAGAUGCCUACAUAGCUGAGCUUACUAAGAGGUACGAGGCAGCUGAAGAACGUAAAUUGAAGAUAUUGGACAUUAUUCGUGGUUUGGACCUGCCUAACAAUCCUCUCGAUGAUAUUAUUGAUCAGCUGGGAGGCCCAGAAAACGUUGCAGAAAUGACUGGCCGACGAGGUAUGCUAGUAAGGGCUGCAGGUGGAAAAGGUGUUGUGUAUCAAGCUCGAAACACAAAGGAUGUUGCCAUGGAAAUGGUGAACAUGCAUGAGAAACAAUUAUUUAUGGAUGGUAAAAAACUGGUUGCUAUCAUAUCUGAAGCUGGAUCUGCUGGUGUCUCACUUCAGGCUGAUAGAAGGGCCUCAAAUCAGAAAAGAAGAGUUCAUUUAACUCUUGAACUUCCUUGGAGUGCUGACCGUGCCAUACAACAGUUUGGCCGAACUCAUCGUUCUAAUCAAGCAUCUGCUCCUGAAUAUAGGCUUUUGUUCACAAACCUGGGUGGUGAACGCCGCUUUGCGUCAAUAGUUGCAAAGAGACUAGAAUCCCUAGGUGCCUUAACACAAGGAGAUAGAAGGGCUGGGCCAUCUCUGAGCGCUUUUAAUUAUGAUAGCUACUUUGGGAAGAAGGCCCUUAUGAUGAUGUAUAGGGGGAUAAUGGAGCAGGACCCUCUGCCAGUUGUCCCACCUGGAUGUUCUUCUGAAAAUCCAGUUACCAUUCAGGAGUUCAUCAUGAAGGCAAAAGCUGCUCUGGUAUCAGUAGGAAUCAUCAGGGAUACAGUUCUUGGCAAUGGAAAGGAUGCUGGCAAGGUUUCUGGUCGGAUAGUGGACUCUGAUAUGCAUGAUGUUGGUCGUUUUCUAAAUCGUCUUUUAGGGUUGCCUCCUGACAUUCAGAACAGACUUUUUGAGCUUUUUAUUAGUACUCUCGAUGUGCUUGUGGAUAAUGCACGUAGUGAAGGACAGUUUGACUCUGGAAUUGUUGAUGUUAAAGCUAACACUAUCGAACUGCAGGGACUACCAAAGACGGUCCAUGUCGAUGAAUUGUCUGGUGCUUCCACUGUAUUGUUCACCUUUACUGUCAAUCGUGGGAUCACCUGGGAGUUUGCUAAAGACUUACUUGAUGAGAAGCAAAAGGGUGGACUUAGUUGCAAUCCAGAUGGUUUUUAUGAGUCCAAGAGGGAAUGGAUGGGAAGGAGACACUUUAUUUUAGCAUUUGAAGGUUCAACUCCAGGAGUUUUCAAAAUAUUUCGGCCUGCUGUUGGUGAAGCACUAAGGGAAAUGCCUUUGGCUGAGUUGAAAAGCAAGUACAGGAAGGUUUCUUCAAUAGAGAAAGCUAGUAAAGGCUGGGAAGAUGAAUAUGAUGUUUCAUCUAAACAGUGUAUGCAUGGCCCAAAAUGCAAAGUUGGCAGCUAUUGUACAGUAGGGAGAAGAUUACAAGAGGUGAAUGUUUUGGGUGGACUUAUUUUUCCUGUGUGGGGAGCUAUCGAAAAGGCCCUUUCUAAGCAGGCUCGUCAAAGCCAUAAGAGGAUACGUGUUGUGCGCCUAGAGACAACAAGUGAUCAUCAGCGGAUUGUUGGGCUUCUUAUUCCAAAUGCAGCUGUUGAGUCCGUGCUGCAAGAUUUAUCAUGGAUUCACCAGAUUGAUGAUUGACAUGCACAGCAGAAUCCAUAGUUCAAUUUAUUCUGAUCAAGUUUUGAAAUGACUAGAGGAAAAAAAAACUACAAAUAUAACUAGCGCAAUCCAGCUGUGUCCCUGCGCAUUUUGUCACUGAGAUCCAGCAUUACUGGAAGUCAAGUUACCCUUCCCUUAAGAGCUUCAGUUG